CGUCUGAUUGGAUCUACUCCGAGACGAUUGCAUAGACCGCCAGCAUUUUUGCACGUCGUAGAAAGUGUAACUUUUGAUUUGUAUACGUGCUGCUGCGUUCGUCACUUCUUGUGUGUGUGUGUGCAUGCACUUCUGGAAGGGUGCGAAGAUCGUCUGGAAUUUGGUUAUAUUUCGCCAAUUUACCCAGUAAAUACAACGCAGGAUCAGAUCUAUUUCAGAGCUUAAAUCAUGCCGAAGAAUAAGGGAAAGGGAGGAAAAAACCGGAGGAGAGGAAAGAACGAAAAUGAAACUGAAAAGAGAGAGUUGGUGUUCAAAGAAGAUGGCCAAGAAUAUGCCCAAGUAACAAAGAUGUUGGGAAAUGGACGUCUGGAAGCCAUGUGUUUUGAUGGUGUAAAACGAUUGUGUCAUAUCAGAGGAAAACUACGAAAGAAGGUCUGGAUUAACCAAGGUGAUAUUAUCUUAAUUGGUCUUCGAGACUAUCAAGAUGCCAAAGCUGAUGUCAUCCUUAAGUAUACCCCAGAUGAAGCCAGAAAUCUGAAGACGUACGGUGAAUUCCCUGAAACAGUCCGCAUCAAUGACACAGUCACCUUUGUGGAAGAUGGUUUGGAUGAAGAUAUUGAAUUCGGCGAUGAGAUCAGUACUGAUGGAGAAGGAGAUCCUGUUGAUAAUAUUUGACCGAACAUCUGGAGCAAAAUUGAUAGAACUGUGAAGCAAUUGAUGUCAGCCCAAGGCUACUUGCUUACUUCUCUGUUGAAGAGUAAGGAACAUUUCAUAAUUUAAUUUCCUUGGAGACAUGGAGUAAACUAAAUCUCACCAACCAAAUUUUUUUCAUACAAUAUUCAAUAAAACCAUUUUUUUAAAUCGUUAAAAUCCCUCUGCUGUAGAUUGCCUUUCAUUGACCUUUUGAAGGACUUGUUUUCACCUAUCUCCACAACCAUUUCAAAGCUAUGAUUGAUACUUCAGUAGCAUUGACAAUGUUAAACUGUGUUUCAAACGCAGUCAACUUUUUUGUUUGUGUUUGGUUUAGUAUUUAAUUGAAGUCUCAAUUUUAUCAUUCUACAUCCUAUUUAUUAUGAAUUUUCUGUUAGUCUUUGGAAGACUUUUUUGUUAUUGUUUUGAUUAAGAAUACAGUUUUCAUUCAUAAUGAAGAGGCUUUUAAUUUGCUAAAUAUCCUCACAGAUCAUGAGCAUUAGUGAUGCAAAUAAUACAAUGAUAAUGCCUCCUAUGUUUUUAGGAAAUUUAUGCCAUUAUAAAUUUUUUUCUGUGCUGUUUAACAUGUUAUUGAUAGCCAUUCAUUGUUAAAUCUUUUGUGAGCUGUGGUGUACCGUGUGUUCUAUGUGUGUAGUUAGUUUAUGUAAAUGGGAAUAUUUCUAUCAAUGGAAGUGAAGUACCUACUUAUUCAUUGUAAGAUGUAUUGCUAGCUCUCACUUGUAGGUUUUGGGACUGGCUCCUAAACCAUAUGGUGCCCGAAUUUUACUCGCACUCUGAUGUGUACUGGUCUGAGAUAGAAACUGUUUGUUUCACAGCGGAGGAUAAUUGAUGAGAGUGCAGGAAUAGGGCUUGUGUUAUGGAAAGAUAUAAUUAAUUUCUGCUGCAUGUACUGAAGUCAGAUCCGUUAUCUUCCUCCUCCUGAGAGGCAUGGACACUAAACGGGCACUUGAAUGGCAGUUACUGCCAUUUCUUCCUCAAAUAUUAUAUUUUGUAUUGGUUACUCAAUCUUGUCGUGCGCUUAAUUAGGUUGUUGACAUUGUCAACUGACCCUAAUUGUAAUGUGAUUGGAAUAUAUUAUUUACUGUAAGGACACCUUUGACUACUAGACCAUUUAACCCAAGUUAAUUUCUCUUUAAAUUUAAGCAAAAUUAUGAUCUAAGGAAUGCAAGUAGAGGGAUAUAAAAUCUUACUUCUUUUUUUUAUAUAUAGUAAAGAGACUAUUACAUAA